GUUUCCUCGCCUAGUAACAGCCUGUUCGAUCUUGUUUUAGUUUGUCGCACCAGCUGUGAACGAACGCAAGUGCAUCAAUAAACUUUAAACAAAUCGUUUAAAAAUGCCUACGCAUCUGGACGGGAUCGAAAUACUGGCACUAGGCCGCCAGUUUAACAUUGGAACACUUUAUAAUUAUGUCGAUGAUAGCAUCAUACCAAGUAUUCGAUUAUGGGACCCAUAUGAUGUGUCCAAUUCAGCCGUUGUCGAACCAAACGAAAAUGCUGAAGUCUUUCUAAAGACGAUCGCGCAAACCAACGAGGAAGGCGAGAAUCCUGAUGAAGGAGAAGAUCAAACACCGUUCCUGUCCAAUUUAGGAAUGGACGAUCACACGGCCAUGAGUUUGAUGGCCGGACUGUUGCGUCCAUCUCUAAAAGGAGCUUGGCAAUAUGCGGCUGAUUGGGUCGAAUCGAAGAACGAUUUACUUAGCCAGGGAGCUCAUGUGGCAGUCCAUUGCUGCCGUUCCGAAAAAAACAUCUCUGUCGAUCCUGAGAGUCAAUUGGACAUUGUCUGCCGGCCAGAAAGGCUAAUGAAAAUUCAGGCAACUCAUGUCGUCAUUGGAAUCACGUACGGCCUAGAGGCCUUUUGCAUCUUCUCUCAGGACAAUCAAGCCAACACUUACGCACGUGUCUUUAAAGACCGGCUGGUGAACGAAGACGAAAAUUUGGAACAAGAUCAGGACGAAGAAGGUGACGAAGAGGAUGGUGGACAAUGCUCUUUCCCAAAAGACUUGCAAUGCAUUCUCUACAGCGAUCUCGGGGAUUUUAAAGGUAGUAAAAGUUGGACACUGAAGCCUGUCGCAGAGCAGUACGAAACCUGCAGGAAGAUACUGGAACAUGGAACUGUAAAGUCCAUCCCAAUGAGGGUAUGGUUGUAUCCACUCAACAAGCUGAUGGCUGUCAAUGAAAGAGUUGCUAAAAUGCCUCCAAAUAUUAAAGAUGUCUCGCGAGAACUGCUAUUUCGUUGUCAAGCCAUAUUGAGCCAUUUGCAUGGACUCUGUUUGGAGGCUGAACUGUUGGCUAAAGAACUGGAUGGGCUAGAAAGUCAGCUUCCAGCGUCCAUUCCGUCGACAGCCAAUGAAAGAAUCAAGCACUUUAAAGAUUUGGUCAUGCAAUUUUUGCCAACUUUUAUCAAACCACUGUCAGUGUGGACUACUAAAAUUCGUGAUGGAACGGUUCGAGAAGAGAAAAUAGCCAAAAUCAUCGAUGCGGUAGAGACCCAGUCGCCAUUCGUUGUUAAUAAGUUGAAACUCUGGCUGAAUCUACAGAGACAGGAAUUGAAAACUCUAAAGAGUCUGGAUAAAUUGCCUGGUGUGCACUUAGUAUCGAGCAUGGAACGCCUGCAAAACGAAAUAAAAAAUGGGGGCAAUACGUCGCAUGCCAUCGUUCUUCAUCUGCCCAGUCCCAGAAAAGAACAAGACUCAUUAGUUAAUGAGAUGCGUCGUUAUAUCGACGACUUCAACGAAGCUGCAUCAUCUGGCUGGAUGAACUUGCCAACGAAAAAUAGCGAUGAAACAGCAAAGUCAACGUCCUCCGUAUACCGCCAAAUUUUAACGUCUGGCCAAGAGUUUUCCGAUUGGAUUACGAAUCACAAUGCGGAUACCAAGAACGUCCGCUACAUCAUCUUUUACGACGAAUGCACAGAAGAAACCUUGCCCUUCACAAGAUUAUAUCAGUGGGGCAAGGAAGAGGCUCCUUAUACAAUCCCAAAGGCUCCUGGGCAAGUGACGGUCACAAAGAAUCAUCGUGGUGUGAUUGGAUUGAGUUGGACGACUAAUGAUACGACCGGACUGCGCCAUUUUCUGGUUCAAUAUCGGACAGUGGAUGGGCAAGAAGAUCAUUGGCAUUCCGUCCUUAAGCCUUCAAACACAAUCGAAAUCGAUUACCUUCAAUCAGGUGAGACUUACCUGUUCAGAGUGGCAGCGGAGACACUUGGAGGGCGGAGCCCGUUCAGCUCUGUCAGCUGCGAAGUAACAAUAGACCCAGUUUGUCCGCCGCCAAGUCAAUUGCAAGUUCACGAAGUGACCGAUACGAGUAUAUCUAUUUCGUGGAGCCAUCAACCUCACUUGAAAACCGGAGCUGAAGAGGAACUGAGCAUUACCUCGUUCACUAUUGAAUGCCGGAUGGGUGAAAGCCGUGACGAAUCGACCUUCAUCCAACGAUCUACGAUGAAGAAGAGCAUCGUACUAGAACCGCUUGAUCCAGGUGUGACUUACCACAUCCAAGUCAGGGUUGAGUGCAAAAACGCUAGUGGCUCUACUUUCUAUAGCCCGGCAUCAGAGGUUUUGCAAGCUUGCACACUGCAAGAGGCAGAGCGAACUGCGAUCAUCGUCCGCCGUACGAGCAAAAAAAGUUCCACUGGGCCUGGAAUUGACAUUUACGAAUUGCCGUUGAAAAAACGUCACAAUGCCAAAGUUCAGGGAGUCGGUCAUUACGUGUUUGGUGAGCCGAGCUAUCUGGCAGUAAUAGGGAAACGUCGACAAAGAACCAUCUUGGUACUGGGAGCCACCGGAUCCGGCAAGAGCACUCUCAUCAACGCUCUGGUCAACUACGUGCUGGGCGUCGAGUGGGAAGACGAUUUCCGGUUCAAGUUGAUCGACGAACCAACCGACAAGUCGCAGGCGCACAGUCAGACGGACCUGGUGACAACUUACGACCUCUACGAGAUGAAAGGUUCCCGGCUGGGCUAUUCGCUGACGGUCGUCGAUACUCCGGGAUUCGGUGACACCAGCGGAAUCGAAAGAGACAAGAAAAUUAUGCAGCAAAUCAAAGAUUAUUUCCAGUCUCCUCACGGCAUUCAACAAUUAGAGGCCGUUUGUUUCGUUAUCCAGUCUUCACUCGCCAGAUUGACGCCUACCCAGCAAUAUAUCUUUGACCAAAUUCUAUCCAUCUUCGGUGAAAACAUUAAAAAUAGCAUCCGGCUGAUGGUGACAUUUGCUGAUAAUUCUUUGCCGCCCGUCCUCGACGCAGUCAAGGACGCCAAGAUUCCGUCACCCACCGACCCAACUACCGGACUGCCACUUCAUCAUAAAUUUAACAAUUCCGUUUUCUUUGAGACUACUACUAAAAAGAAUCGUCUAGAAAAUGAAAUGAACCGGACGCUCUUCAAGAUGGCCGUUAAAGGUUUUGACAAUUUCUUUGCCGAUUUAAGGAACAUGAAAGAGAUAUCGUUGACACUAACCCGCGAAGUGCUUGAAGAACGAAGGCGCUUAGAAGCUCUUGUCGAAGGCCUUCAACACAUCACCCAAAAGAAAUUGGCAAAAAUCGACGAGUUCGAGAAAAUCAAGAAAGCGCUGACAGAGAAUCAACAACAAAUGAAAGAAAACAAGAAUUUUAAUUUUGAAGUCGAGUUUCUCGUUCCAGAGUCGAUUGACAUCGGCGGGACUGGCCAGUUUACCACCAACUGCCAAAAAUGCAAAACUACGUGCCAUUUUCCUUGCUCGAAAGCCAGUGACAGCGAUAAAUAUCGUUGUUCCGUCAUGGACUCAAAUGGAACCUGCAUGAUCUGCAAAUGUUCCUGGAAUGCUCACUUCAAUCAAAAGUACAGGUACGAGAUGGUGAUGGAGAAAGUGCUGCGUUCAUCGGAUGCCAUCCGGAAGCAAUAUCAAGGGGCCCAGACCGCAGCACUGACUAAUCAACAACUCUUUGCCCAACUUCAAGCAGAGAUUGACCAAAAUGAAAAGCAGCUGAUGGAAUUAGUGCGGGAGGCCUCUCCAUGUAUACAGAGAUUGAACGAGAUCGCUCUGAAGCCUCACACGCUCUCCACAUCGGCUUAUAUUGACCUGAUGAUUGAAAAAGAGAAACAAGAACAUCACGCUGGAUACCAACAGAGAAUCACGACGCUGCAAAGACUUCGUCAAGUAGCCGAGAUGAUGACCAAAGUCGUGAACGACCAUCAAAAAUUCUAAAACUCUGCCUUCGCCAUCGCAGUCCAUGCAAAAUGACCGUCGGGCCUUUGCGAAUCCCUUCAAAAGUUUUAGGCGUUAAUAAUAUGACUUAAAGUUACGAACAACCAGUGUGAUGCUACCGGAUUUUGGUACUGUCUGAUUCAACGCUUGUUUAAGUUCAACACUAAGAAAAUGAUUUUUCAUUCCCCAAAUACAUACAACUUUGUACGUUUCACUUCUCCCUUCAAAUAUAUACGAUAUCGAG